UGGUUGCUAGCUAAUAUAAUAAUGAUUGUAUAAUUUAGUCUGCAGAGGUUUCACUAUUGAAUAAGAACAGGAAAUGAAAGUUUAAAUUUUUUUACCUAUCAGUAAGCAAUAAAGUAGGUAUCUUAUAAAGUUAUAGGGGCCUAGGUUCAUUCACAAAUCACAAGUUGACAUGAUGAGUUCUUAUUUAACACUGCGCAUCUGUGCCAUUCUGGCAACAUUUUUAGUCUUAUCUCCAGCGUUGGUGGAUGAUCACUUGAUUCGUGUUGUCAAUUGGCCUCCUGGCCCUGCUAAUGAGAACCACAAUCUUCAUUCAUCAAGUGGAGGCAGUGGGGAAAGGCUGCAGGAAUACUAUGCACCAGUUCACAUUGCUGCAGCAAAACCCAGUAAUUUCACUGGGCCUGAUCAUUUGCGGCCUAUAAUCAACUCCUGCUACAAAUUCCUAGAUGCAAAGUAUGAGUACCAGGUUUGUAUGUUCAAGUCUUUCUCUCAGAAAGAAGUUGGUAGCUCAUCAACACACCAUUUGUCUCCCACACGCUCCCUUGGUGUGUGGCGCAGCUGGGAAAUAGAGAAUGGUCAGUUUAGGGCCCUCUUGUAUGACUUCGGCCACGCUUGUUCUACUAAUUCCACUGUGGUCUCUCAUCGCAAGGCUAAAGUGGAGCUGCAAUGCGGCGCACAUCCCCACAUAGCGUCAGUGGAGGAGCCGAGUAAGUGCUUCUACGUGGCAGUCGUGGUCACGCCGCUGGUGUGUGGGGACGACUCCGUGAUGGCGGUAUACCCUCGCCUGCAGCACCACCAUCGUCACCACUGGGACCAGCUCUUCACUGACUGGCGCAGCGGUCUGUACACUGACGCGGGGUACCGCGCCGCUUUAGAGCAGCUAUACCGGAGAGCCGGACUGAUCAACGAUGCAUCUCUUGUGGAAGGUACAAGCUGUGCUGAUUGCUUAUCAAGAUUAGAAGAGCUUCAACAAAGAAUUCUAGAACUUGAAAGCAAACUAUACGCGCUAAAAGAUGUAUAGGUAGACAGCAGUCCAAUUCACGAGAUCCAAGUUAUAUCAACUUUAGCAGUAUACUAAAACUUUAAUUGCACCAGUGAGUGGGGAAACUACCUCUGUCAAAAUUCACCGUAACGGCAAAUCUGUUUUCGCCACAGAAAAGUAAUGACAAAUCUUAGACUUCGGAUCAACAAGUUUCGCAACUGAAGUCAGUCCUUGGCCUGUGUUCAAUAGUAGUUUAGCCAAGUGGAUUAUUGUUACUAGGUUCCUCAUUUUAUCGAAGUUACUAAAACAUUUUGUUUGGAACAUUUAAAUGGUAAUCACUUAAACGCCCUAGUUGAUCAGGCUGUUCCAUGGAGCGCAAGAAUCGCAGAUCUAAUUGGUUGCUUCCCUAGCACUUGCUCAAACGCUUUGUUGUAGAUAUUGCGGUGCCGUAGGAAGGAAGUAAAACAGGUGCAUUUAUAACUUUACUGUGAACUUUUUCAAGAAAAUGGCGCGUUUGACGAGUAAUUUUACUAGAUGACAAUGUUUUAAUUUGUUGCAAAAAUAACCGUAAUGUUGACGAGUGUGUAGCGUGCUGUUGUCACAUGAGGAGAUAAGGAUGGAAGAAAUUUUGAUUAACGAGCUAAGUAAGUUAUGAUGUUACGGUAGUGAAAUAUGCUAUUGUUGUACGGUUAAUCCGAGUGUUAUCGUUUAUGGAUUACCGUAUAUGAUCUAGUCAUUAUUUGUUAUAUUUCAAUCAAACAAAUGAUUAUGUAAUUAACUAUACAACGUAACGAACGUAGGCACAUUAUACAGUUGCAGAUAUUCGUUGAAAUUCAACACGUGCGCUAAUAUUGCGAUGUGAAACCGGUCCGAGUGAUGUGCUUCAAUUCGCUGAUAAUAAAGCGAGACUCAUAGUUGAAAAGAUUUUCCGUGAAAAAUAUAUUUCAGCAUAGUUUAUAAGGUCUGAAGCUGAUGCUAUAACUAGGCUGUUUUAUUAGAUACUGUUUCUAUAUUUGAGCAUUUUUUGUACCAAUUCUUGAGAUCUUGAGCGUAUUGUUUGAGACCAUCUUUACCGUUGAAAGCUUCCACUUAUUGCAGUCCCAAAAAGCUGAUAAAUACUGAGCCAACACCUAAACAGGAAUUUAAAAGCAAAGAAAACAGCCAGAAUAUUACCCAUUAC